AUGUCAGACUUUGGUUUGCUGAGAAUGGGCGACGGCAGCGGUCACUGCAGUUGCACUCGAGUGAUGGGCACACCAGGCUAUGUGGACCCCGUCUACUCCAUCACUCACAAGGCCACUCCAAGUGCUGAUGUGUACAGCUUCGGAAUUCUUAUGAUGGAGCUACUGACCUGCAAGCAUGUCGUGCAGCUAUGUGAAAAUGGUUCACAAAUCAACAUCAAGGACUGGGUAUGCUGCUGCUUCUAA